CGGCUCCGUUGCCGGGCGACGGGGCGGAAACGCUCGGGGGGGUCAAGGGGCGGUGCUUCCGGGUCGGCAGCCCGACAGGCAUGACUUCUCUGCGGGCGUUCACUUGCAACGACCUUUUCCGCUUCAACAACAUCAACUUGGACCCCCUGACAGAGACUUAUGGAAUUCCAUUCUACUUGCAGUACUUGGCUCACUGGCCGGAGUAUUUUAUUGUGGCAGAAGCUCCCGGGGGAGAGCUGAUGGGCUACAUCAUGGGCAAAGCUGAAGGAUCCGUGGCCAGGGAAGAGUGGCACGGCCACGUCACCGCGCUCUCGGUGGCCCCCGAGUUUCGCCGGUUGGGGCUGGCUGCUAAACUGAUGGAACUGCUGGAGGAAAUCUCAGAAAGAAAGGGUGGAUUUUUUGUGGAUCUCUUUGUGAGAGUGUCAAAUCAGGUUGCGGUGAACAUGUACAAGCAACUGGGCUACAGCGUGUACAGAACAGUGUUAGAAUACUACUCGGCCAGCAGCGGGGAACCUGACGAAGAUGCUUACGACAUGAGGAAAGCUCUAUCAAGAGAUAAAGAGAAGAAAUCUAUUAUACCGUUACCACAUCCUGUCCGGCCGGAAGAUAUCGAAUAAGUCAGUCUUGUGGUUGCUAUAAAAUAUAUCGAGAAUAAAAUCUGUAGAUAAAUGAGAACAAUUAGGGUGUCUCUAAUGCAACUGGGAGCUUUGGAAGAAAAAGGAGAAAGUACACGCAAAUAUCAAGAGAAAUGUUUUCGCUUUCAGGCUGUGCUUCUAAAUCUCUUCAUGCCCUAAAAGUCCGAAACAAUCUUACAUCUUCCGUAUUUGUCAUGAUUCGGUUUUUAAAAAUAUUAAUAAACCUGAAGGCCGUGUUGCUAGUAAUGCAGUACUGA